AAAGAAAACCCUAUUGUUACCCAUCUAAUUUCGACCGGAUAGACCGACCGUCGGAAAAAUAAAACAAUCGAGAAAUUUCCUGCCUUGGCCGCACGUGGGAAUAGCCCACAUUACCUGUGCCGGUGACGAUAGGUACUACAUAGUACAAUUCAUUUCGCCCUUAUUUUUCCCCCGCGCGCCACCAAACUUGGAUCCGAUCCGAUCAGACCCGGGUAAAGGACAGGCUUUCGUAUGCCGAAUCCCACACCUUACACCCGUCGUCCAUCUUCAAUCGUACUUACAUCAACACACCUACCUCUAUUCUUACCAGUCCCAGUCCCAGUUUCAGUCCCAGUCCGGUGCCGGUGCAGCCCAGCUGGCGCAGUGACAUAGGGCCUCGCCCCAUUUACGAAUCGACAUGUUUUGGAGAUUUGGCGGUUACGCCAACAUCUCGACUAUCGAUACCAUUCUUGAUAAGCCCGAUUUCCAACUUGAGGAUUUACUUGACGAGAGUGAUCUUAUCCAAGAGCUAAAACAACACAACACUAAGCUCAUCGAGUAUUUACGCGAGACUCCUGUGCUUGAGAAACUCCUCGAAUAUGUUGUCACCCCGAAACUCGAACCCGUAGAAGCUCCCGAAGAGGAUACCAACGAAGAUGAGAAGAAGGGCAAGUCUAGAGGCCUGUCUUUCGGCCGCCCGCGUGCCUUGUCGAGAACAACCAGUGAUGGGAUCGAGGAGGACGAGGCGGAGAAGAAGCGGAACAGAUAUGCUUAUGUUGCUGCUGAGGUCCUCUCCUCCGAUAAUUGGUCCAUCUACGAAGCUCUGAUGGACAGCCGGCCGCUUCUGCGCAACUUUUGGAAUUUUCUUAGACAUCCGUCUCCCCUGGAUCCCCUUCAGGCGAGCUAUUUUACCAAAGUCAACGAAGCUUUGUUCGAUAAGAAGACUGAGGAGAUGCUGGAUCUCUUAAAGUCUAUGGAUGAUGCCGUCCCCAAUAUGCUACGCCACGUUGACUGCCCCAUGAUAAUGGAUCUCUUGCUUAAAAUUAUCAGUCUCGAGAGAAGUGAGAGUGGCCAGGGUAUAGUUGAGUGGCUCUACGCGAAAGAUGUCAUGCCAACAUUGCUCUCGUUUCUUGGGCCAGAGCACAGCCCUGCUACGCAGACAUCUGCCGGUGACUUCAUCAAAGCCAUCAUCACCGUCUCCGCCAAUGCUUCGCAGAACGAGCAGGCUUGCAUUGGCCCCAAUGAACUUACGCGCCAGCUGGUAUCCAAACCCUGCAUCCAGCAGCUUAUCGGAUAUAUGCUUGGUGGAGGAAAUCCCCUUACUGUUGGCGUAGGAAUUGUUAUUGAGGUCAUCCGCAAAAACAACUCCGAUUAUGAUCCGGAUGUUGGUCCUGACUCGAAUGCCAUGCCUUCCAGCCGCGAUCCCAUUUAUCUUGGUACUCUGCUUCGGCUCUUCGCAGAAAAUGUCCCUUCCUUCAUGACUAAGAUUCUCAAUGCUCCAGCCUCCUCUCAGAAGAAACAACUGGAUUCCACGUUUGGGGAGAAGAUCGAGCCUCUUGGUUUUGAUCGGUUCAAGACUUGUGAGCUCAUGGCCGAACUUCUCCACUGUAGUAACAUGGCACUCCUAAAUGAAGUUGGUUCAGAGCAAUUAAUAGCUCUCCGAGAUGAAGAGCGUCAGCGGUUACGAGCUGAGGGCCGACUAGGAAACAACCGCGGCGAGGAGGUGCAAUCAUCAGAGGAUCUAACUAUGCGGAUGCGUCACUCCUCUCCUGACGAUGGCCGCCGUCUGGAGAUCACAAACGCUUCAGAUGACGAUGGAUUUGAAGAAGUUGUCCCAGCAGGCGAGAUGACUGAGGAUACAUCGCAUGAAUUUGUCAAAGCAGAGGACGAAAUCCCCACCGGGCCAGUCUCUUCUUUUCUCGACAGGGAAGAUGACGAUUUUGUAGAAGAGCCUCUUAGCUCUCCAAGAUUGAACAUCCAUGAUAGUAAACUCAAUGAGCAACAAUUCGAAAAUCCUGAGCUCAUGGUCGCACCCCUUUCUCCCAAGAAGCCGCCAGUUACUCUGCAAUCAGUACAAGAGGGCCUUGCCGUUCCAACAGUUGAUUCACAGCCGACCCAAGCCGCUCAAACGGGUACUGGGCAGCAGCAAAUAGAGCGAACAGACAAGGAACAUAAGGAUGAUGGGCCUUCUAAGUUAGUGGAUGCCCAAGUAUCAGAGUUGAAAGACGCGCCUAAGGAGCCUCCUACAAACAGUUCCGAGACGGCAGAAAAACCUGCUACUUCAACAUUACAGGGAGAGGACAAAUCGCCCUCAACGCCAUCCGCUGAGAAGUCUGUUAUAAAUGAUACGCCUACAGAAAAUAAACCAAGUGGGUCUUUACAAACAGAGUCCGGAAAUGUAGGCAGUGCUCCUACCGUUCAAUCAAGUGAAUCGAUCGGCGCUCGAGCUCAUCAACCUGAGGCAGUUCUGCCCGGAAGUAGGGAGCAACGCCUUGAUCCCGUGGUUGGUGAUUAUCUCAAAAUGCAAUUUGUUGAGUACCAAGUUGUGCCAACGAUACUGUCCUUCUUUUUCAAGUAUCCCUGGAAUAAUUUCCUCCACAACGUUGUUUACGACAUCGUCCAACAAGUAUUCAAUGGCCCUAUGGAUCGCAGUUAUAACCCUACUCUAGCAAUUUCACUAUUCGAAGCUGCUGAUAUUACUAACGCUAUCAUCAGCGGUCAGAGAUCUAGCGAGCAGUCCCAAGCCCGAAAUAAAACUCGGAUGGGUUAUAUGGGCCACCUAACGCUUAUUGCUGAAGAGGUCGUCAAAUUCACAGAGCGGAAUCCACCAGAGCUCCUCUCGGAGCUCGUCUUGGAUCGCGUUAUGAGCCAGGAUUGGAUUAAUUAUGUCGAGGGUGCCCUUGCAGAAACAAGGGAAAGAGACAAUGCUAUUCUUGGUGGAGUCAGACCGGAAGUUGCUAUGAGUAAUAGGACGCAGAUGGGCGGUAAUAGUCUAGGUGGUAUGGGCUUAUCAAGUCUGGGACUGGGUGGCGGACAGGGUGGUGGCUCCAACGCGCUUGCUGAGGCAGGAUUAAACGGUGCUGGGAACGGUAUGGAAAUGCAGGAUAAUGGUAGCGGAAGCAGCAUCGGACCUUUCAGUAUAAGCUCUGGCUUGCUAUCGGGAUCUGGGUUCGGCAGUUCGAGUGAUGAGGAAGAUGAGGGUGAAGAUAAUGAAGAGGACGUUAAUAACGAGUUCCGAGCGUACACGGAUUCACUAAAUGCGACCUCUUCGACAUCAAUGGACCCCCCUUCUGUCCCGCCGCCUCCGCCGCCGCCGCCGCCACUAAACAUUCCUCCGUCGCGCGCACGUCUACAACUAGCUGCAAGGCUUGCGAUGCACCAGAAGAACUCAGCUGGCUCAUCGGCUCAGUCAGAGGGGCCGGAUAGUAAUCAAGAAUCUAACCAAACUGUGGCAGAUAGGGAGUCUGACAGCAUCCUCCGCAAUCCUUUUGAGGAUGACGGAGAGGAUGACGUAGAUGAUGAAAGCGACGACGGCCUUGCUGGAGAUGAUAACAACGCGGAGUCUUGGGGUACGGGCGCAUCCAGAGGCAGCUGGUGGCGAGGAGCUUUAGGCCGAGGUAAGGAAAGGUUUGGGGACGGCAGGGACGAUUCCGACUCAGACAAGGACGAGGCUGCCGGGGGCGAGGAUGAGGACGAAGAAUUUGGCGAUUUUGCGAUGCCUGAGGUUGACAAGGACGGGAGCAACGACAAGGGCGGAGUAAUCGUAAAGCCGCUCCCAGUUCACCCGCCGCCUCAGAAUCAGAAAGCGUCGGCUUUUACCAGCCUCUGGCCGUUCGGGUCAAAGGAUAAAGAAAAACAAAAAGCCAAAGAUAACGAAACAUCAGGGGAAAAUUCGGGCGAGGUCACAGAUGAGAUUACGGGCGAUGAUGGUGAAAAGAUCAAGAGCACACACGAAGCAACUAGGAGAACAAGUAUUGAAGACCCCGACGAUGAGGAGGUGGUCGUUUAGGAGCCGGCGUCCGAAGCGAGCGAGGCUCUUCACGAUGGCUUUGUCAAUGUUCCUAGUGGCUCACAUGGAUGAUACCCCGUAAUCAAUAUUGCGAAGACGAUGGUUCCAAUAGAGACGCGGGCCGUACCUUUACCACGCGAUAAAUGGGAUAUGGCAACGAGGAUUAUCAGGCGCGUUUGUAUUAUAUGUGGUUUUUUUAAGAAAUGGCUGUUCGCAUGUUUCACGGUUUUCCAUCCUGUACAAUAAUAACUAAGUCCGGAAUGGUACGAGAUUAUGGAUCAUAUUCCCAUUUGAUACGUCUUAUGAAAGUAGAUGCAAGAAAACCUUAUUACCUGUCAUAGUUAAAGGGUUUCUCGGGUCUUGAUAUUGGGAGAUCGGGUUGGCCGGACUUUGUUCUCCAACCGGGGCUGAGGAAUGGAUAAAGCAUGUCUUAUGAUGGAUGUCAUGUAGUGUCACGCAAAGAGAUGUUGGCAUGUCAGGCUUAUACGGAUUUACCAGCACGCACACUGGAUGACACGGACCAAGUAGAUCAAGCAAGGCAUGAUAAGGUAAGGCACACAUUAGGUAACUUAGGUACUACAGUAGUUUUUAAAUAGAUAGUAGAUAAUUGUA